AUGGAUACUACUGCAUCCGAAGAUAUAGCAAAUUUGACCAGCGUGAUGCCAAGUUAUGAUACAGGUGCCUUUGGGAACUGCACGGAUGAUGUCCACGAACUCAGAAAAACCUACCUGCCACCCAUAUACAGCAUGAUCUUUUUCGUGGGCUUCCUAGGCAACAUUAUGGCCAUUUGUGUGUACACUUUCAGGAUGAGGCCCUGGAAGAGCAGCACCAUCAUUAUGUUCAAUUUGGCCUGCACAGACUUACUGUACUUAAUCAGCCUCCCCUUCCUGAUACACUACUAUGCCAAUGGUGAGCACUGGGUCUUUGGAGACUUCCUGUGCAAAUUCAUCCGCUUCAGUUUCCACUUCAACUUGUACAGUAGCAUCCUCUUUCUGACCUGCUUCAGUAUCUUCAGGUACUUUGCAAUUGUCCACCCAAUAAGGUCUGUCUCUGUACGGAAAAAGUCCUGGGCUGUUGUGGCCUGUGCUGCAUCUUGGCUAAUUUCACUGGUGGCUGUGAGUCCUAUCAACUUCCUAAUUACCUCAAAAAUGCAGGAGAACAGGUCUAUUUGUCUUGACCUUACUAGUUCUGAAAACGUGGAUGUUAUUAGGUGGUAUACUUGGUUUUUAAGUGCCUUGGCCUUCUACUUGCCGUUAUUUACCGUGACACUUUGCUACACUGUGAUCAUCUAUACCCUGGCUACAGGACCCCACACUCAAAACCCUUAUAAACAGAAGGCACGUAAACUUGCUUUCCUCCUCCUGGUAGUCUUUUAUAUGUGCUUCCUCCCUUUCCAUGUUUUUCGGAUGGCUCGGAUUGAAUUACGGCUUUACCCAGUCAGCUGUGAAGUUGAAAACCAACUCCACACCGCCUAUGUCAUCUCCAGACCACUGGCCGCAGUGAACACAUGUGGCAACUUGUUACUUUAUGCCAUAAUCAGUGAUAAUUUCCAGCAGGCUAUUCAAUCUCUGCUGAGAUGCAAGUUGAGCAACUUAAUGCAGCAGACAAGGAGUAGCAGUGACUUCAGCAUCUGGAAUAGUAAAGUUGUGAAUUGA